AUGCCAUUGCCCGUGAAUGCGGAUAAGGAAUUGCUAGACGAGCUGCCCAAAGAAGGCGAGCGUGAAGAGAUUCAAGUCCCCUCUAGUGAUGGUGGAAUUGAGGUCACAGAAGCACAGUUCCUCCCAGCUGCAGAGUGGCUUCGUCGCGCACAGAACGGAGAGAUUAUCCUUUUCCCGCCUCAAUUCCUUCUUCUGCACUUGGUGUCUGGCUUCCUUGACAAGGAUCCUCGAUCGGGCAUUCCUGUGGAGGAAAUGGAAAAACGUCGAGCAGGGCUUGUCGAGUUCGUGCACUCGGGCUCGCCUCCUUGGACGCAUAAGUGCAUUUCACCACAUAUGAUGAAGGUAAUGGAUGAUGGACGUACGGUUCUAGGGCUACAUGAUCCUGGUUUUGAGCUAAAGGGAUCUGACCGACGAGGCGAGUCGGAGUACGUGGUUGUUGUGCGGUUCACGAAAGGAACUGUGAAGGAAGUGAACGUGGCGUGGAAGAAGGAUAUCUUCAAAGAGGGAAGGGGAGAGCGGAGUAAUCUUUAG